AUGGAGCUCUCUAGGCCGUUCACCUGCACAGAAUGCUCCCAAACUUUUACCCGAAAUGAAAAUCUCGAACGGCACAAGCGCUCAAGGCACGGAAGUGACAGCCGCAGACCAUUCAAGUGCUAUACAUGCCGCGCACGAUUCACUAGGAAAGAUGUCUGUAAACGUCACUCUGAGAGAUGUCGCGGCGCCCUCGGACGCGUCUUGACGGUACCUGGUACAGAGGGUGAACCAGAGCAGACGGAGUCAGUCAUCGAUGAGACCGCACUAUCGUCAAAUGGUCAAGAAGCGGACGAUUCGCCUGAAGCGAAUGCUUCUGUGGACACAACUGUUGCUAUGAAUGAUGAGACAUAUCAUGGUAGCUCGCCAGAAACAGGCGGAGGGACCGUGUCUCGGGACCUACUAUCAUCAGAAUUUAUGAUCAAUCACUCAGAGAGUUUCAUCGCGGCUUAUUUCGAAUGCUUUCAUCCGUCAUUUCCGCUGCUUCAUCACCAGAGUGUAAGGAGAGACAUGCCUAAAUUGUCAAAACAGAUUCUCGUCGCCAUUGGUAUUCUGUAUUCAAGGCCUAGGCAUUCCUCUGAAGAAGAUGCAGAUUUUGUGCUACGGCAAAGUCAAACCAUGUGGCAAGAUGGCCAAGAAGAACUUUGGCGACUAGUGGAGACAGACUGGAGAGAAAUCCGACGAACGUGGGUCAUGCAAGCCUGGCUUCUGCAUAUCAUCUACGGUGCCUUCACCGGCAAUGCAACCCACUUUGAUAAGGCAAAGAAGAUGCUGCGUUGGGUCGUGGAUGCCGCCAGAGAUUUGGGUCUUCUACGACAAAGCGUCUUCACAUCUACUACAAGAUUCCAUGACGGCGAAGAGCAAACGCUUCAUGACCACUGGAUGUCCUACGUGGAGUCCGAGUCUAUGAAGCUUUGCAUGUACACCAUACUUUUCCUAGACUCCCAUAUCUUCUCCCCCUGCAACAUACGUCCCCUAACCACACCAAUCGAGCUUGACUGGGAGCUGCCCCUCCCAGGUGCUCUGUGGGAAGCGGACACUUCAUUGAGCUGGGCCCAAAGGCUCGGCGAUGAACCCCCGCAGCUCGCCCAGGCAAACAGUUCAAACUGGCACAUCUUGAAGUUUGCAGAUCGGAUAGCUCUGUCCGUGAAACUCGCUCUCUGCAAGCCCGACGACCUGUUGAUUGGCGGUAUCGUUGAGAACAGUGUGGUAGCCGGCCUGACAACUGCCACACAUCUCACUUUAGGUCUUCAAGUCGGCGCUCGGAGAUCAUUACAAAACCUUCUCCGCUACAAUUCCGGAGACGAUGGCAUGCUGGUCUUCCUUGACGACCUCAUGGAUGUUCUCUCCAGCGUCACGAGUCUUGAUAAGCAAGACCCCUUGCGUGAGGUGCCAUGGGCUACGGUGGCCACGUACAGAAUUCUCCUAGCCAUCUGGAGAUUACUGCGCUGGGCAACCGGGGAGAUGAGCCGAAAAGCAGGGUCUCAAACGACGGUUCGCAGCCGCUUUGAGGCCUCAACAAUAGUCUUCAAUUCUAUCCUGGAGGUAAUCAGUUCUCCGGAGGAACUCGAAUCGCAGACCCGACGUCUCUCGAGGCCGGCUCGGGAGACUACCGCAUUGGGAAUGACCUCGGACGACAGUGAGGCACGCUUCAUGGAGACGGUAUUGCAGUUCUGGAAGGAUAGGCCGGUGUGGUCCAUGGGAUCCUUCAUGACGACGGUGUUGGAGGAGAUUAUCUCGGCUGGCGGCAUGGCUUACGAGUUAAGGGGCGCGGAGUGA